AUGGCGGAGCUGCGCAGCUACACCGAUGAGAACCGCCGUCACACCGCUCGAGAACAAGGCAUACGCGAGGACAGGGUAGCCGUUGAAACCGUCGUCAUGGUCAAUCAUAUGCUCCUCGCUCGCGGAACGCCACAAUGGUCAUUUUGGGACCUUGUCAAGCAUGAAUGGAGUUCUUCAGUAGCAAAGUUUUGCCAUGUUCAAUCGUUCGAGCGCUUGUGGUACGACGUCUUUGUCCUACUUCCAUACAUGGAAAUUUACUCAGACGGUCUUAUCAAGCCAGGACACCACAUGCACUCCGCCCAGGGCGAUUGGUCAGUGGUUGUGCCGAUUCUCAGUAGACUCUUUGUGCUCUACGCAGAGACGGCACAGACUAACGAGGCAUCCGUCAACGUUUAUGUCAGGUCUUGCUUGAUCAGGUGCUACAAUCUCAUGCACACCUGGGGUUGGAAGAAGUGUGACUCUCUGCUCACCUCAGUCUUCGACUUCUUCUCGCGUCGAGGAUUUAAUAACCUACAGAACGAGGAAAGCAAGGGUUCGCCACGCUUCUUGGAGGAUUUGCACCAACAUCCUCGGUUGGAUAUCCAACCGGAUGACCGAACAUUCCACAUUUUCUUGAAAAUUCUUGCUGUCGGUUUCAACUGCCUGCGGCUGAUUUGCAAAGAAAGGCAGAUCCAGAACAUUGCCUGGCGACUGGUGCCAAAUCACCGGCGAACCUACCACAAGGAAGAAGAGUUGAGGCAUGAAGAUUUGGAUGGGUUACGCAAUCAGCAUGACCUGCUGUGCACCUUGUACUGGGCCUCGCCACCAGGCUUCAGGCCGCGCUUAACGUCCUUACGCAACCUUGUGGACCAAACCAGAUCCCACAGGGAGGUUUGUCGCCUCAGUGUCCGAGCUUGGUCGAAUCUCGUCAGGUAUCAGAUAUCCACUACCGAAGGCAAAGAGCCUCUGGAGCCGUUUGCAGAUUGGUUCAAAGAAAUCAUCUCCCAGAACUUAGUCCAGUACAGGCAGGCGAGAUCCGAGGCCGAAAGUCAAUAUGAAGCUGCUAGAUCCGCAGGAAACGACAACAUUUCAGCCGAACAGCUCCAGUUGACCGUCAAGAACAACCAAGCACAGAUAAUCGCCACGCUUGGAGAUGCCGUGUACGGUAUGAAAGCAGCAAUUGUAGCAGCUCAUGACACGGAAACCGCCACCUCGCUGCUGGACAAGUCCGCAAUAGCUGAUGUCUUCAAACUGUUUGAUGCCAAGAACGCGCAGGUCGGAAAGAUCAUCGCGGAAGUGCUAGAAGUUUUCCAAGCCUACCUCAAAUUUGUCCAGACCAAAGAAAGUCAAGUAGAAAGCCAACAAGUCAGCGAAGAUAGUCAGGACUACGGAGGCGGCUUCAGUCUCGAGGAUAUAGAACCAACGGCCCUCAACAGCGCAACUACGCCCCAGUCCUCUGUCGACUUUCUCCAUGACGCCGUAUGGCAUUUGGUUUCGAGCUGCUUUGGUGCCGACACUGCACCCAACGACCUUCUUCUCACGAAGGUGGUGGAGACAUGGACCAUGAUUGCGCAUCAUUCCGUUCGCAAAGGCCAGAGAGGAUGGGGUAGUUUUCUGGAUUCCUACCAUGCAAACUCGUGGCGCCAACUGCAGGACACGGAGCAGACACGCAGAUACACGGCCCUUUUCAUGGCGAUGGUGUUGGAUCAGGAUGCUCGCAGCUACGACGAGAACAAGGAUGACAUAUUCUGGUCCUGGUUUAUUUCACUGGUCGAGCGCGAGUCUACGCUAAAAUUCCAACACCGGCUUACGACGAGUCUCAUCAACAGAGAUCCCGAUCACCAGCUGUUCAAAAACCUACCCUUCCUACUGGACCCGAGAAGCGGCCGUGUCGACAUCAAGCUGCCCGAGUUCCGCCAACGGCGCUUGAGCUUGAUAUCAAGCUUACUGUCAAACAUGCGGGACGACUACGAAGCAGCUAUGCAAGCAGGCCGCCGAGACCUUCCAGGACUCCGCAGAGAAUACACGGAGCUCAUCAGACAAUUCAUGGCUGCGAUGAAGAAGAACUACCUUGACUUGGGACAAAACUCUGAUAAAAAGGGCGCGUACGUGGACUUUAUCCACAACGUUGUCGAAUUCCUUCAGCAGCACACGCACGAUAUCUGUCCCGUCGAUCCGUUCUUCACCGAUUCAAGCGCCUUUCCUUUGCCUGCAACAGACCCGACUUAUGUAGUAGGCAGACUGAAGAGCUAUGUGCCAAAGUUAUUGGAGCAACGGACUCUCAAGCAGCUGGUAUCCUUUGUGCAGAACGUUUCAGAGCGUGCCGCUGUCGACAAUGAGCAAGCGUAUCUGGCCAGUCAGCUCCGCACGGCAACUGUCGGGACGCCUGAGCAAGGCGACGCUCGGAAGCCAACUCUGCGGCAAGUCCUGUUGUGCGCUAUAUUCCCUGCGUACAUUGAGCAAGCAUUCAAGACGGUCGCCGGGUGGAUUCUCGCCGAACCUCUCCUCCAAGCGUCUCGUCCAAUACUCGAGGAGCUCAACUACCAGAACUGCCAGUACAGCAUCUCCGACGCCGGCAGUGUCGGCAUCGUUGACGUGCUCCUCUCAACAAUGCUGGAUGCUUUGUACAGCACCACAGAGCUUCUGAUCACCCAUUCCGGCCUCCUCGAACAACCUCACGUCCUGCACAUCCUAGCGCUGAUCUUCAACGCCGCGACCGCAACCGUCUUGCCCGCUUCCCACAUCUACCGCCGGACCGGGCGUGCCGUCGGAGCCGUGCAGCGCAUCGACGCCUUCAAGGCGUUCAGCCUCUUCGUCGCUUCCAGCAUCGUCAACCCGGAAGACGUCAACGCGUUCUCGCCAUAUCCGGCCAACGACCCGGAUCCGCUCGCUGAGGAGCAGACGCAGAGGUUCGCCGAGGCGCGGCAGCUGUGCGCGAGGAACUUGGCGGAAGCGUUGAGCGCCAAUCACUGGGUUCAGCAGGGGGAGCAGUACUUCUUGGUCAGGAAAAAUGGAAGGAGGGCUAUUCACACGGCAGUGGGAUCACUUGAUGAGGAAAGGAGGGGGGUCUUGCUUGCGAUUGAGGAGUUUCAUGCGAGGCUGAGACUUGCGUUGUGGGAUGGUGAGGAGGAUUUGAGGGAGAAGCGGAAGAGCGGGAAGAAGGGGCGCUGGCCUAUGAAGGACGGGGAGAUGUUGGUGAUAUGA